AUGAAAAUCAAAGCUUUUAAUUUGUGUUUCCUUUGUGCAUUGUUUCUUUUAUCUGUUGUGGCAACAGAGACAUUAAAAGAAGGUAAACAAUAUACAAAAGAGUCAAAGAAAAAUGUUUUGGUAGAUAAGCUUGAUGGUGGGCGAAAACCCAUAGAUAUAGAAUCUUUUGAUCAAAAUAAGCCCGUUGGUGCGGGAAAUUUAACAAGGGAAGAAAGGAUUAUGGCAUUGAAAGCAGAGAUGAAAGCAAAGAUGAAGGAAAGGGAAGCAAAGAAGAAGGAAAGGGAAGCAAAGCUGAAGGAAUUGGAAGCAAAGAAGACGGAAAGAAAAUUACACCAGAACGAAAUAGCUUUGGCAGAGGAGCAGGAAAAGAAGAAGAGAGAGAAAGAAAGGCAAUGGGAAAUACUAAUGUUAAGGAAAAUUAAUAAAUUAAAGGCACGACUAGCAGCGAGAAAGUUAUUGGCAUCACUCGCAAGGGCAAAGGCAAAAGCUAAUGCAAAGCAUCUGGAAAUGGAAGCAAAGCAGAAGGCAAAGGAAAUAGCAAGGGAAGAAAGGGAAAGAAAAAUGGGAAGGGUCAGAGAAAAGCCCAACGAGGAGAAAUAA